AUGAUUGUUGUGGAAGUCUGGAUCAUUGACCCUUGUGCUUUCAUUCCUAGAGAUGUUUCCUAUUCCUAUGAGCUAAAAGCUGUUGCCCCAAAGUGGUGGAUGUGGGUUUUCUUACAAGCCACAAGCCCUGGUGGCAGAGUUGAGGAACAGGGAAGUAGCACUGUGAAGUUUUCGAGAAAGGACUUUUGUUUAAACUCUCCAUGGAGUGUGCUUCCCUGUGCUCACUGGAGCUCUCAGUCUGUCCCCCAUUCAGGGAUGUUCCUUUUGGUAAUCUUGAAGUCUAAAUUUAUAUGUGAAAUGCUACCUUUUUAA